UUAAGUAAAUAUGCCCAUGAACUGCACCUGAACCAACCAACCCUCAAGGAAUACAAGGAAAAACUUGCAAGAAAACUCAAGGGAAGAAGAAACAAUUCAGUGAGGGAUCCCUCCUCCAGAGACGGGUCGGUGACACAGAUAGGUGAGGUCUCUCUCCCUCCAUUGUCCCGGGUCGCUGUCUGUGGUGGUACCCAUGGCAACGAGAUGUCAGGAGUGUAUGUGGUGAGGGAGAUGCAGAGGCAGAAGGUUGAGAAGGUGGGAUCAGCUUCAGUUACCACAGUGAUAUCCAAUCCGCGAGCUGUGGAGGUCUGCAGGAGAUACACAGAUACAGAUCUCAAUCGUUGUUUCACUGAUGAUAUACUCAGCUCCCUGGUGACAGAUGCCAGCCCAUAUGAAGUGGGUCGAGCCCAAGAGCUGAACAUCCAGCUGGGGCCCAAGGGGAGUGCGGAGGCUGUGGACUUGCUUUGUGACCUGCACAACACCACGUCCAACAUGGGCCUCUGUAUCAUCUCCUACUCCUUCUCUGACUGGGUCUGCCUCCACAUCUACAAGCACAUCCAGAAGAAGAUAACUUCUAUGCCUGUGAGGUUAAUCUUGCUGGAUAUACCCCUUUCUGAGGCUUACUCCCAGGAAUCUCUGGGAAAGCAUGGCAUAGCAAUUGAGGUUGGUCCACAGCCACAUGGGGUGGUCAGAGCUGAUAUCUACAACGCGAUGAAAGAGGCAGUUGAUCAGACACUAGACUGGGUCAAAGAUUUCAACUCAGGAAGUGUCUUUGAAGGGGGUAAAUUGGAGGUGUUCACUUUCAUGAGUGUGGUUGACUACCCAAGACACCCUGAGACAAAUCAAAUCAUGGCAGCUAUCCACCCCCAACUACAGGACAGAGACUUCUGUCUUCUCCAGAAGGGGGACCCAAUUUUUCUGUCGUUUUCGGGAGAAACGGUGCAUUAUGAAGGGGAAGAGCCACUCUACCCAUUCUUUGUGAAUGAAAGAGCAUACUACGAGAAGAAUAUUGCCUUUCGCCUAGCACAGAAGAAAAUGAUAACUAUUCCAUGCUUGCAAGUGAAUAAAGAUUGAGGAAUAUUUCCUUGUCUAAUGUAAUUUCAGUCUCAAUGUAAUGGUUAUUUCUUAUCUCAGAUAUUUCUACUCUGUAAACAAAUGUGAAGUUAAAUGGACACUUGCAGACACAUUAACUGUACUUGUAUUUUUUAUGUUGUUCAGUUGUUCAGACUUAAUCCUUAAAACGGUUUAGUUCUUGCUGAAUCAUCAAGUCAAGCAGCCUCAAUUCAUUUAUUGAAAAUGUAUUCAUACACACACAAAUACACUGUGUGCUUUAGGCUGUACUAUAUAUAAAACACUUAUAAAAUCCACAAUUCACACCACAGUAAACUGUAUUGUUGAGUGAGGUAUCCUUUUCCCAAGCUAACAUGGGGGUUA